AUGCGGUUGAAUCCCGCCAAGUGCAUCUUCGGUGUACCGAAUGGAAAGUUUUUGGGGUUUAUGUUAACCUCUCGAGGCAUUGAGGCCAAUCCUGAAAAAUGUCGAACGGUCUUGGAGAUGAGGAGCCCUAGCAACUUGAAAGAAACUCAACGCUUAGUGGGCAGGUUAACAUCCCUAUCGCGUUUCAUCCCAAAGUUAGUAGAGCACGUUCGGUCAAUGCUUAGAAAUAUGAAAAAAGGGGUCACUCAACACUGGGACAACCAGUGUCCAAAAGCUUUUGAUAAGGUCAAGGAUGUAUUAGCCAAUCCACCUAUCAUGGCCCGACCGGUGCAGGGGCAUGACCUGCAGCUAUACUUAGCCACAUCGCACAACAUGACCAAUGCAGCCCUCAUCCAAGAAGCUCCUGAUUUCAGGCUAGUUUACUUUGUUAGUCGAACGUUGCAAGGGCCGGAAGAGCGGUAUUCCCAAAUAGAGAAGGUAGCCUUAGCCUUACUCACAAUCGUUCGGCGUUUGCGAUCAUACUUUCAAAGUCAUCAGGUGGUGGUAAGGACUGAUAAUCCCAUAGCCAAAAUACUCAGAAAGCCUGAUUUGGCUAGAAGAAUGUUAGUGUCUGCAUCUAAUGACGCCAAGUGGCCUUGGCUUCUUCAUGUAGAUGGUUCCAUUGACAGAAGAGGCAGCGAAGCUGGCAUUGUAUUGGAGGGACCGAACAGUAUUUCCGUAGACCAAGCAGUAAUUUUCAAAUUUCACGUUAGCAAUAAUCAAGUUGAGUACGAAGCACUGAUUGUCGGUCUAACAUUAGCCAAGGAAUUAGGAAUCACUAAUUUAGAGUGCCGAAUGGAUUCUCAGAUAGUGGUCGGUCACUUAAAAGGAACGUUCCAGGUCAAAGACAAUCAGCUGUUGCGAUAUUUCCAUCAAGCCACCCACUUGUUCAAGAGUUUUCCCACCAUCGACAUUGCGUAUAUCCCACGGGAACAAAAUUCCCGAGCGGACCUCCUCUCAAAACUUGCCCAUUCAAGGGGAAAAGGCCAACUGUCCUCGGUCAUCAAGGUAACACUUGACAAACCAGCAAUUGAAGUCCUCGCCACUAACACGGCAACUCCUAUAGUAGACUGGCGUAAAGAUAUUCAUGAUCUAAUGAAAAGACAAGAACGGGGAGAGCAAGUUAGUAUCGCUGAGUCUAAACGCAUUGCCAGAUUUUUCUUUGUAGGUGAAGAUUUGUACAAGAGGGGAUACACCACACCGCUACUAAAAUGCUUAUCCGAAGAGCAAGUUGUUUACGUCUUGAGAGAACUUCACCAUGGUGUAUGCGGUUCACACUCGGGAAGGCACACUCUAAAAGCCCGAGCGUUGCGAGCCGGAUACUAUUGGCCGACUAUGGAUCGUGAUUGUGAUUUGUUGAUCAAUAAAUGUAUACCCUGCCAGGAACACGACAAUCACGUACGGAUCCCACCGGAAGAGUUACAUGAUAAUGGUCGGCAGUUUAUUGAUAUAAAACUGGCAGAAUUCUUGCUGGGAAUCAAGCACGUCACCAGUUCAGUCGAACAUCCUUACACUAAUGGGCAAGCAGAAGCUGCUAACAAAGCCGUAAUAGCAAAGUUGAAAAGAAAGUUGGGCGACGCUAAAGUUGUCAUGCUCCCAGUUGAAGUAGGAGAACCCUCAUUGAGGAGAGACAUUCAGGAUAUGAAUAUCAACAACGAGAAACUACGGCUUAACCUUGACACUUUGUCCGACAAAUGA